AUGAAGCUCAAUGAGAACCGAAUGUUCAAGAAGGACGCGCGGGCUUUCAAGACAUGGUUGGCCGAUUAUAUGCGGCGCUUUGGCGAGUUCGAGCCGAUAAUGCAAGCUGGUUUUGCUCAGCCUGCGAAGGAUUCCGCCAAAGUGUCGGUGGACAAGGCAAAGCCAGCCAAGGCUGACACAAGAAAGCCGAAGACAGUCGCUGCUGUCUCGAAUGUGAACAAAGUCCCCAACAGCCAUUUCACCCAAGGGAAAAAGGCGUGUUUCAAGUGUCUUAGUCAAGACCACAACGUUUUCAAGUGCCCCAAAGUGGCUGAAGGGGAGGCCAAGCUCUUGAUGGAGCGAGCCAGAGCUAUAUGGGCUAGCGAAGCGAGGAAUAUCUCGGUGGUGGAACGGGUGGCAGCCCCUGUCCAGCCGACGCUGGAAGCCGCCAUAUCAUGUGCGGCUCGUGUGGUGUGCACUGCUAGCCAGACUAUCCCGUUGGACGCCUCGUUUGACAGUGGUGCGGACCAGAGUGUCAUUCCCCCAGCAACCAUCAAGAUGUUGCAAGCGGCUGGACGUGACGUGGUCGUGACAGAUCUGCCAGCCCCCGUGGUGGUACGAGGUUUUGUUGGACCUAGCCACACUGUCACUCAGGAAGUGAAAAUCGACCUGAAGUUUGAGACGGACGCCGGUCCUCUGAUGCUGACGAACGUGAAGUGUUGGCUCUCGGUCGGUUCACUGCCAGCUGGGGUGGACGAUCUCCUGCUGAGCCGAGCUAUCGUGUGCAAGCGAGACUAUGACCCCCACUCCAUGCUUCGUGAAGCUGCGGCUGUGUGCAGCGAGUACGACAUGUCAGAUGUGGAGUCGCCGAGUGGUGUCGUGAAGGCGGUGCUCCUAGCCACCCAGCAAGAGUUUAUCGAUGACCUAGCGGACGAGGAAGAGCCACUGAUGCCAAUGGAGUUGGCUGUCUGUUUCUCCGGCAUGGCGCUGGUGGAUCCUGCUGCAGAACACGCGAAAGUUCAGCUGAUUCUCGAUGCCAAAGUGGUCGAAGCUAGCGAAGCUGGCUGUGGAGCUGAGUUUGCCAGCGGUUUGGCCGAGCUGCUCACCAAGUAUGUGGACGUUUUCCGCCUGACACUUGGCCGAGACCCUCCGGUGGACAUGCCCCCGUUGAAGGUGCAUCUGGUGCCCACUGCCAAGCCAGUGCGUUGCAAGGCGCGACGUUACUCGCUUCCUCAACGGGAGUUCAUGCAGAAGCAUGUGGAGGAGCUAGCCUCGGCAGGUUUUAUCUAUCGGAACCCGGCCAGCCGGUGGGCAUGUGCCCCUCUCAUCGUACGGAAGCCACACACCAAAGACGAAUUCCGCAUGAUCGUGGACCUCCGACCGGCCAACAGCCAGACGGAACAGAUAGCCUGGCCAAUGCCCAUGUUGGACGUCGUGGUGGAUCAUCUCCGUGGCGCCACGUGUUUUUUCCUCUUGGACUUUUUCAAAGGCUACUGGCAAUUCUCGCUGGACCCUAGCUGCCAAGAGAUUUUCUCGUUCCUUACGGACACGGGAGUGUUCACGUCGAACCGUGUGAUGCAAGGCGGCAGCGACAGUGUUGCCUACUGUCAGUCCACUGUUCAGGCCAUGUUUGCGGGCCAGCUGUACCGAUGUUUGCUAGCCUGGCUAGAUGACCUGUUUGGCUAUGAAACGUCUCCCGCCGGGCUGCUCCGUGCUUUGGCUGAGGUGUUGGAAGUGUGUGCAGUCGCACUCCAGCUGCUGCCAUCACCUCGGACGGGCGGCGAUCUGCAACAGUAUGUUUGUGCGCUCAACUGGAUGCGUAUGCCCAUCCCUGGUUUCAACGUGCUGGUUCGAGAUCUCUCUGCUGUGUUGGAGCGAGUGUUCGCCGCUGUUGGUGGGAAGCGGAUCAAACAGCUAGCUGAAUCGCAUGUGGCUGCCGUGGAAGCGACCAAGAAAGCCCUGACUAACCUCGUCGAGCUUAGCCAUCCCAAGCCCGACAUGCGGCUGUGUAUGUUCGCAUAUGCCUCGGAGGAACACUGGGGACGACGAGCCCCUCAUGUUUUUGAGUGGCACCUUUGCUGGGGCCGGUGGUCCAUUGUGGAGAAGGAGGCCUAUGCGAUUGUGGAGACCUUGGUACUGCUGUUGAUGGGCUACGACUAUGAGAUCCAUGACAUCCCUGGGGAGUCGAAUGUGUGGGCUGAUUUGCUAUCCCGGUGGGGUUCACCGCUCAAGUCGAUCUGUGCUAUCACAAGCGAGCCAUUGCUCGUGUCGCCGCUGCGGAGCAACUCGUUCAAGUGGCCAACGUUGGCUGCCAUUGCUCUAGCUCAACGAGGCAGCCUUGCUAACAACCCUACGCCCCCAGAUCCCGCUGUCGUGUGCGAGCUUAGCGAUCAGGACCAGCAUCGUGUGGUGUUGGAUGAUGGCGAGCCGUGGAUGUUACGUCUGGUGGACGGAGUGUUGUGGAUUCCCGAUGAUGCGACGGGUUUACAACUGCGUUUGUGUGUUUGUGCCCAUGCAAGCUUGGCCGGUCAUCGGCCAGCUGGGCAAACCUUAGCCAGCCUUGCCAAGUUUUGUCGGUGGUCCACCCUGAAGGCUGAUGUCAAGUUUUUCGUCGGCCGUUGUCUGCACUGUGCCAGUGUUUUGGGCGGUGCACCUCGGCCGCUUGGAGAAGCUCUGCAUUCUAGCCAGCCCAAUGGUCUUCUGCACUGGAAUUUUGUGUACAUGGGUGACUUGAAGACGGGCGACAGGUACCUGCUGGUGAUCAAGUGCGAUGCCAGCAGGAUGGUAUGGUUGUUCCCAACCAAGGAAUCAACUGCUGUUUUUGUCAAGCAAUGCCUGUUGCAGUGGUUUGCUGUCUUUGGGAUAUGUUACGAGUGGGUGUCCGAUCAAGGAACCCAUUUCAAGAACCAAGUCAUUGCGGAGCUGCAACAUGUCUUGGGAGCUCACCACCACUUCAUUACAGCUCGAUGCCCCUGGGCUAAUGGUACCGUCGAAGUGGUGAUGCGCAUGUUGCUCAAAUUGUUUCGAGCUUGUCUCAGUGAGUGGCGUAUGGCAACGACUCAGUGGAGCGAGAUCCACUUGGUGGUCAUGUUAAUCCUCAACCAGCUGCCCUCACCAUCCCUCGGCAACGUGGCGCCAGUCACUGCUAUGUCAGGCCGCCCUGCGAUGUCGCCGUUGGACACCAUAGCCUUGCCUGGGCUAACCAAAUCCGCAACACUAGAAGUAAUCAACGAAAGCCAGCGUGACAACAUCGACAAAGCCCGUGCUGCUCUAAAUGCCAUGCACAAGGUGGUGGCCGAGACCAAUGCUAAGAAACGCGCGCAAGCAAGAAAGUCGCACGAUGCCAAGCGUGGGGUCCAGAUGGCCCAGUUUGUCGUUGGCGACUACGUGCUGUACCAAGACGUUUGGAUGCACAAGCGUGCCAAACUGCGGACGACAUGGUGUGGACCAGCUGUCGUCACAAACGUUGCUAGUAAUUGGGUCUACGACGUCAGGAACCUGGUGACCGGCGAACAGCGGCCAGCUCAUGCAAUCCGUCUGAAGUUCUACGCCGAUGAAGACCUCCAACUCUCGGAGGAUUUCAUAGACCAUGUCGCACACAACUCUGAGGGCCAUGAAGUUGAAGUUAUCGUCAGCGCACGCUAUGUCCCAGCGACCAAGUCGUACGAAGUACAGAUUAAGUGGCGCGGCCUUCGGGAUGUCGAGAACUCCUGGGAGCCAGCACAGAACAUCCAAGAAGAUGUACCCACAAUGUUCAAGGCAUUUUGCAAGAAGCGAGCGAAGCUCGCAAUUGUGAAGAAGAUGGCGAAAGCUCACGAAGUGGACUAA